GAGAGAUAGGGAACAACAUAAAAACUCCAGGCCAUAAGAGAUGUCACUGAGUUGAAGUCCUGGCUCUAUCAUCUACUAGCUAGGUGACCCAGGGUAAACCCACUCCUUUUCUCUUUAGGCCUCAGCUUCCCUAUCUGUGUAAUGAGUGAGCUGGGCUAGCUGAUGUCUCAGGGUGGUAUGGCCCAGGCCCUGACCACAAGGCACUGUCACUGGAGUGUGCAGGGCCAAGCUGGGCAGGGCUCAGUGCUCUGGGCUGCUUCCUCAGAAGCAGGUCAGAGCUCCAGGCAAGAGCAGGAGGUAAUGUUCAAGUCCAGAGUAUCCUAGUGAGAGCAGGACAAACCAUUAGGAGUGCUCCUCUCCUGAUGGGGGCAUCCUUUGCCCGAAGAAGGGAGCUGUGGCCCCACUCCCAGGUGAGGCCAUGCUUGCCCUAGGAACAUUCUUCACCUUCCUAUCUGGAUGCUCAGGCCCUGCAGAGGCUGAGCAGAGGAACCCAAGUGGAAGGAAGCCGCGCCCAGGCCAUCCACAGCAAAGUCCAGGCUCUUCCUAAGAAGGUUGUCAGAAAUACGUCCUUAGACAGUGUCUGUCACCAGACCCUGUGCAACCUUGCUGCUCCCACCCUUCCAUGGGAGUAGUUGGUAUGCCUCUCCCCCAAUCUUUAUUUUUAGCUGGAAUGCAGUAUCCCCCCUGCCCAAUCUGCUCCUCCUAUUACCUUCCUUAGUCACCUAAGCCAGACACCGGAGUGGUCCUCUCCUCACCUCCCACAUUCAAUCUCUCACAAGGACCUAGUGAUUCACCAAAUACCCCUCAAAUCCCUCUCCUCCUAUGGAUGCCUUCUGUCACUGCCCAUUAAGCCACCCAUCCCUCCCCUAACCAUAGUGAAGGCCUGCCUCCAGUAUGACCCCUUCCCUGCCCCCCCGCCCCAUUUUCCAUAUGGCAGCCAGAGACAUCUUUGGAAAAAUGCCAAUCUGACCACUCCAUCCCACCACUUUAAACUCUUCACGGCUCUUUAUAAAGCACACUUGCCUGUUGAAAAGCUUGCUGUGAUCUGGCCCCUGCCCACCUGUCUGGCCUCAUCUCUCAGCACUGCCCCACCCCCCAGUUCUGGCUUUACUUGCGGACCUCCUACCAUCUUUAUACAUGACCCGGCCUCUGCCUGCAAUUCCUGUGCCCUCUCUCUGCCCAGUGAACUCCCACUCAGCCUUCAAGGCCCAGCUCAAAUGUCUCUUCCUCUGGGAAGCCUUCCCCACCCCCAGGCUGAGCUGAUGGCACCCUCCCCUGGGUCCUCCCAGAGCAUUUCCCAUGAUGCGUCUCAAGGGCUUAUUUACGGGCCUGACUUGGGCCUGGCUGAGCUCCUUGAGCACGGAGUCCUGCCUUAGUUAUUUACAGUCCAUAGAGGCUCAGAGAAUGUGAGAAGGUGGAGGGAGAGAAGAAGGAGGAGGCAGAAAGAAGAAGAGAAGGCAGGAAAGAAAGAAUAAGUCAAAGAUACUGAAGGACAAUUCAUCCAUCUACCUAUCCAUCCAUCCAUCCAUGCAUCCAUCCAUCCAUCCAUCCAACAAAUAUCUAUGGUAAUCCUAUCAGGCUCCAUUCUAGGCACUAAGGAUACAAUUAGCAAGCUCAAGUGACCGGAGACUGGCUCUCAGCAUUUCCAGGUGACUUUGGUGUGUGCAUAUGAACGUUUGUGUGUUCGUGUGUGCAAAGCCUUCUGUCGGCAAGGGCCUGCUGCUGGGGCACCUGUCUUCCCUGGGGCCUGGUGCUUUUAGCAUCUGUCCCUGGAUCCUGUUGCAGCCCGAAAUAAGGCUGUGAGCCACAACAAGGCAGGAACAAUUCUCGUCAGCUGAAGCCAGAGCUGGCUGCAGGGCACACUCAGCUCUCUGCCUGCCCGACGGCUGCACGGACACUGACCACCCAACUCUCAGCUCCCCAACAGAGGUGUUAAUCUUGAGGGUCUGAUAUUCUCUCUGCCCACGGUGGUCCCAGCGCUCAGGAUGAUCCCCAAGGAGCAGAAGGAGCCAGUGAUGGCUGCCGUGGGGGACCAAGCUGGACCAGUCCCUUUGCUGGACCUGGGCAAGAAGCUGAGCACGCCCCAGGACUUAAUGAUGGAGGAGCUAUCGCUACGCAACAACCGAGGAUCCCUCCUCUUCCAGAAGAGACAGCGCCGUGUGCAGAAAUUCACCUUUGAGCUUGCUGCCAGCCAGCGGGAGGUUGCCAACAGCCUGGAGUUGCAGAACUGCCACUCAGAGCUCCACAUCUUCCCAGCCGGGGACCCUGAGGAUGCCCAGCCUGAAGCUUCCCGGGCGAAGCGCGCCCCUAGCCCCAGCGCCCUGGCCCCAGGCUAUGCCGAGCCACUCAAGAGCAUCCCGCCAGAGAAGUUCAACCACACGGUCAUCCCCAAGGGCUACCACUGCCCGUGGCAGGAGUUUGUCAGCUACCGGGACUACCAGAGCAAUGGCCGAAGUCACACCCCCAGCCCUGCACAGUAUCGAAAUUUCAACAAGACCCCCGUGCCGUUUGGAGGACCCCUGGUGGGGGAGACCACGUCCAGGACAGGCACCCCCUUCCUCCCAGAGCUCACCAGUGGCUUGGAACUCCUCCGCCUCAGACCCAAUUUCAACAGAGUGGCCCAGGGCUGGGUCCGCAACCUCCCAGAGUCUGAGGACCUGUAGCCCCAGCCUUCAGUCCCCGGUCUCAGAGUUUGGGGAACACCAGGAGCCGAGAUUUGUGGACUGCACUUCACAGUUUACAAAGGGCCUUCACACACAAAACCUAUUGCAAAUGGCCUCAAAGGUCACGAAGUUCGGUAGUUCACAGAUAAUGGGGUUUAGAAAGUUUUUCCUUUUACUGAGAUGCAGUUGUCUUUAUUCAUGCUCUAACAUUUACUAAGCACCUACUAUGUGCUAGACAUUGUGACAGCUCCAUGCAGAGGAGUCUGGUCCCUGACCUAGAGUAGGAAAAGAUAGUAGGGAAGACAGAAUUGUAAAGCAGUAAAUUAUCUUAAUUUUUCCUAAAGCACCUGCAAAACAAAAUGUAGUGAGGCAGCGGAGGGCAUCUCGAAC